AUGGGGGAGAAAGGAGAGAAGGUGGACACAGGGGAGAUAGGGCUGAAGGUGACGGGGAGACAGAGGAGACUGAAGAGAUGGGGGGACAUGGAGAUGAGGGAGACAGGGGCAACGGGGGAGACUGGGGAGGCACGGGAAACAGGGGAGACUGUAACCACCGUGCCGCCCAGAGAUUGGCCGCCCGUGGUAGAGACUGAAGAGACUGAGGAGACGGGGGAGACACGGGAGAGUCUGAGGAGAGACGGGGGACAAGCGGGGAAGGGGGGACAGAGAAUGCAGGGGAGAUGGGGAGACAUCUCUUUCUUGUAA